UGUAAUUAUUGCUGGAUUAUUCUGUGCAGGUCCUGAAGAUGGCGCUGUUGACGCGAACUUUGUCGGAGAAACAGCAGCAGCCAGCGGUUUUGACUGAUGGAUCCACAUGUUUUACUGAUCUAACGUAUAAAGCUGGUGAGCAGAUGAGCGGCCCCCGCGUGCGACACGCUCGCGCUGAUGCUAAUUUGAGUUUUCGUGUUGGAGUGUGAAAACGUGCGCUGACGAGGCUGGCUCGGGAGGAACACAACGUUAACUUGCUACCUUUGCUGUGACUUUUAUUCCGACCCAGAGGAGCAGGUCUGAGCAUGCGCACUGCAUCGGUUCUAAGGGGACGGGGAGGACAUCACGGAAAAAACGUAGCAGCAGCACCACAAACCCCACGCCGAGAUUUCGCCUCUCCGCUGCGCUAAAACUGCGCGACGAAAGCGACCCACGACUAUGCCCGGCGCGGCGUUAAAGUGCGGGACGAGCACUUGACAGGCCUGGGCGAGGUCUGAGCGUUUGCCGGGAGGGGAAAUACAUUUCUUCAUAUGGGAGCAUGCGGGAAAUGGUUGGAGGUUGCUGCGUGUGUUCAGACGAGCGAGGCUGGGCUGAGAAUCCGCUGGUGUACUGUGAUGGACACGGCUGCAGCGUCGCCGUUCACCAAGCAUGCUACGGGAUUGUUCAGGUGCCCACCGGCCCGUGGUUCUGUCGGAAGUGUGAGUCACAGGAGAGGGCGGCGCGCGUGAGGUGUGAGCUGUGUCCCCACAAAGAUGGUGCCCUCAAGAGGACGGACAGUGGAGGCUGGGCCCACGUUGUGUGUGCACUCUAUAUUCCCGAGGUACAGUUCGCCAACGUCCUCACCAUGGAGCCCAUCAUCCUGCAGUAUGUCCCACAUGAGAGAUACAUCAAGACUUGUUAUAUCUGUGAGGACCAUGGCAGGGAGAGCAAGGCCGCCUGUGGAGCCUGCAUGACCUGCAACAGACAGGGCUGCAGGCAAGCCUUCCACGUCACCUGUGCUCAGAUGGCAGGUCUGCUGUGUGAGGAGGAAGGCCCAGAAGCUGACAACGUUAAAUAUUGCGGCUACUGCAAACAUCACUACAACAAAAUGCAGAAGAAGUUACGCUCCAGUGAAAAUACAAGUAGCUCCUUCAGUCAUUCCAGGGGGCGCUCCAGCUCUCCAUCACAGGACAAACACCACCACCACAGACAGAGGAAGAGUCAUAAAGACAAGAGUCGGCAGAAAGAGCGCCACAAGAAGUCCUCAGACAGUCUGGGCUCUUCGGUGACGAGCAGCAGCAUAGAAAAGAUAUCCUCCGCUCACCACAGCAACAAGGACAGUGAGUCUAAGUCCAAGAAGCUGAGCUCACACAGUCAUGGUCACCGCAGUAAGAAGACAGGAAGCACUGGCAAGAGCUGUUCUUCCUCCUCCUGCUCCUCCAGUCCAUAUACAGGAGGCUCCCUGUCUUCUGCUCAGGAUUUCCAUCAGUUCUCAUCAUCCUCACGCCUGGAACGUGAUCAUGACCGAGGCGGCGACGACCACAGUGGUGAGGAGCGUAAGGAGCGUCACAGGAGGCCAGCGGUCCAGGAGGACGAGGAUGAAGAGGAUGAUGAAAAGGAGGAGGACAAAGAUGAGGAGGAGGAAGAGGAGGAGGAGGAAGACAGUAAAUACCACAAGCCACCAGCUUUGACUCCUGCUGAUGGCCCACUGGCGGGGUCACAGGGUCAAGACAGGUCGGAGGGCAACUCGAGCCCUUUCGAGAACAAAGUCACUAUUUCUACCUUUGGGUCCAUCAUGCGCAUCACCUCCUCGUCAGGGCUGGGCAGCAGCAGCAAGAUCCGGAAGAUCUCCUCCUCAGGGGACUACAAACCCUCCAAGUCUCUCUGUAAACCGUCUCAGCUGAGCACGCCGCCUAUCCUGGAGGAGGCAGACCUGGAGGACAAGGCCACAGCUCCACCACUGCCCAGAGAGCGGCGGCACCGCGGCAGCAAGAAGAGCAGCCAUGGUCCAGGGCGUCCAAGGGGGAGCAAGAACCGAGAGCGGAGAGAGGAGGAGCAUCAGCACCACCAUCACCACGCAGCACCUCCUCCCCCUCCAGCGUUAACCUCUUCACUCUACCCGAACCCGUCCUCCAUCCCCCACCCCGCCUUCUCCUCCACGCUUCCGCCCGCAACCAUCUCUUCCUCUUCUUUCUCCUCCUCCUCUGCUGGCAGUUUUUCCACAAGUCGUGGCAACUCACUGCUCGGCUCCGGUAUCUACUCCAGUCUCAAGGACCCUCUCACACUGGGCGGGGGCAUCUGCAGCACCCCUCUCUCCCUGGGUGGAGGGGUGUGUAGCACCUCCUUGUCCCUGGGAGGGGGUAUAUGUAGCACCCCUCUCUCCUCAGGACUCCUUCAAUCCCACGUCUCCUCGCUCUCACUUCCGUCAGUCAACGCGGCUUCAAACACGCAGGUCCAUCCAGGUUCCAGCACCUCCUAUAGUCUGACCUCUACCCAGCCUUUCGCCAGCUGUCUCUCCACAGCCCCGACACUGCCACCACUAUUGAGCCAAGCCCAGACCUCACUGCCAGGUGAGAGGAAGACAGCGUUCACAGAGUCCGACCUCGAUGACUGUCGCUUCCCAUGUCAGGGGAACUCGCCAAGAGAGAGUCUUUCCUCACAGUCUCCUAUGAGCUGUCUCCCUCUUCUGUUCGACCAGAGAGAUGGGCUGGGUGCAGGAGUCAGAUCUCGUCCUGAGAAUGUCCCUCCAGCCAGCUCGCAUAUUGAGCUCCUGCUGGAGAAACAUGGCAAUGGAGAGAUGGGAGUCAACAUUGUGGAGAUGCUACAGUCGCUCCACUCCCUGCAGCAGGAGAACCAGCGCCUCCAGGACCAGAUCCUCAGCCUGACGGCCAAGAAGGAGCGUCUACAGCUGCUCAACACGGAACUGGCCGUGCCUUUCCCUCCACACGUUCUUUCCGCCCAGGGUUCCAUGCACACCUCUGCCCAGAUCAACUUCCUGUCAUCCACCCAAGACCCCUUGAGCACCAAUAAGAGUCCCCUGUCCAAAAGCUGCUUCCUGAAUGACACCUCCUUUGUUACCUCAUCUGAGGAGCUCCACUCUGGUAGUCCGUCCCGCAGUAGCUCCUCCCUUUCCUUCCAGAGCACUCCUCCUCCUCAGCAGAGUCCCGCCUCCUUCAGUCAGCCCAUGCUGAAUGGCCUGAGUCGGGGCUUGAGUGAUGGUUUGGGGACCAUCAGUCAGGCCGGCAGCUCCUCUCUGCCUGUGGUGGGAGGGCUCAUGGCGUCCCUCGCAGGAAGUCCUCAGCUGAAUAUGAACGGUAUGCUGGGCAGUCUGAACGGAGUGAUCCAGUCUCCUGUGCAGAACGCCCCCCAGCCCACACUUCCCGCUCUGCGCCCCCAGCCUCCACCUCUCAACCCCCAGGCACUAGCACAGGGCUUCCAGCUUCCCAAGAGUGUCAGCCCGUCUUCUCUCCUGUCCGAGCAGCAGAAGCAGCUUCUUAUCGAGCAGCAGCAGCAACAGCAGCAGCUCCAGCAGUUCCUAACGUCACAGAACUUCACUCCUGAGCAGCAAGUGGUGGUGUGCCAGAUGCUGCAGCAGCAGAGACAGAGGGAGCUGCAGCGCCUCACGCUGACAGGAGCUCUCACGUCCACCCCAAACUCACCGAUGAUCGCCCAGUCACCCAACCUGCUGUCUUCAGCCACAGCCUCACCCCUGCAGGGCGGCCAGGGCAGCAACCUCUUUGGCCUGCAGGACAGUGCACUUCACAAGCCCGGGGCUGCAGGAGAAAAGGGUGGAGACAAGAAUGGGUGAUGAUUCCACAGGAGCAGCUCCACUGAAGAUGUCGGGCAUCGUCAGCAAACAUGACUUUUGAACGUCUUUCCUCCUCUGUCAUGUUUAUCUUACACCCUCUUUUAUGAAUGUAUAACAGGAUGGACUUAAACGUCAAGGUGAAGUUUUUCGUGUUUUGGAGUUCUUUAUAUCAGAGGUUCUUCUCAUAGGUUUUUGUGUAGGCAGCUUUCAGAGAGCAUGAAUACAAUGGUCUCUUCUUAAAUUGCACUAAUUUGUUAGCUAGACCAAUGAGGCUGCUUCUGAAGGCAGAGUUCCUGCUCAGCACUGCAGGUGCUGUGUAGGCUUCUGGGUUGAAGCGUGUACUCAAGGUCAGACUGUGUUGUCUCUGGCUUCUCAAGCACUGACCGUUCAUGAUCUCCCUCCAUGGCUUAUUUUCAAUCAGUCAGAGAGAAUCGCAGACUUCUGCCACUUCUAGCAACCUCAACUGUCUUCCUUGAUAUUUUGUCUUCCCUUUGUGUUCCCCCCUACCCAAAUUCCAUCCAGAUCUUCUAUAUGUUGCAUUUUCUCACAUGCACUUAUUACGUAAAGGAUAAGUAUACUGUCAUUCUCGAUGUGUGGUUAGUGGCAUUUCAACAUGAAGCUAGUUAUUACCUCAAAUCUUUGUGCCACCUAUUUUCCAUUGUUGAAAUUUUGUGCCGACUCAUUACCGCAUAAGCCUUCACUGGAUAUAAAUGCCCACCAAAAAACCUUGGUGUCAACUCAAAGGUAUUAACUUAUGUAGAUGUAAAAAUGGCACAGAACCCACAUGUUCAAAAUGGCGCUUUCAUCCACUAGAGACUGGCAUCAAUGUCAACAUUGAGCACUAGAUUUUAUCCCAAACCACCAUGAGAGUUUCUAAAUAAUUUUAUAUCCUUCCAGUUGCUAUCGAGAUUAAGCAGAUGAAACCAAACAUUUGGAAAUUGUAAGUAAGAAAUUCAUUGUUUUUCCUAAACAAGUGAGCACUUUGCAUGUUAGUAGCUAACAGAGCAAAUUAGCCAUCAACACAGUACCUUAUAAAGGAUGCUUGGUACUUACUAGGCCACUAGGGACUGAAAGAUUAUUGAUUCAUGUGAAUAUUUUGCACUCCUCCUCCUCCUGAAUUGUCAUUUUUUGUGUUUCAUAUAUAGAUAUUCUUUUCAUGAUCACCAACUAGUUGUUCUUUUAGCAAUACUGGAUAGAUAAUGCCUUAAUGAUGUUAGAUUAACAGAGGAAACCAUGAGCCCAAAGGCUCACUCUCUUCUCGUCUUUCUUUGAUAGUGUUUUUUAUCCGGGGUACAUGGAGCGUUACAUUAGUAAAGAGAAAGCACUCUUCCUAAACCCAUUUAUACUUUUGAUAGCUGACGGAUGAUUUCAAAAGAUGAAAUGUGUGAAUAACCGUAUAGUGGUAACUGAAGUGUCAAAUCCUUUUCUAUUGUAAUUUUUGUGUUCAGAUGCAAUGUUCUUUAGUUGUUGGUGCUUCAGAGAACUGAGAAACAAGGACUUGUUGAGAAUCUUACAGUGAAGCCUGCACAGUGGUGUCAUAGGAGACGGCUGGGGACGGCCAUGUUGUAAACUAUUAUUAAAGUGCUGUCGCGGCAAUGUAUGAUACAUAGUGUAGCUGUUAUCAGCUGGGCAGACCGUGAAUUGCCAAUGUUGUUAGUGAUUACUGGCCUGAACCCCGACUUGAGCCAGCGUAUAGACGAUGAUGAGCUUCUCUUUCCUUCCACUCCACUUUAUCAAACAAUGUACCUGUUGGGCUCAGUUUUACUUCUCAGAACAGUGGCCACUUACGAAAAAGUGAAUAUUUUACCAUGUUUUCUCCUGUGUUCUUUAACAAUAUUAUCAUAGGCCUUUUAAAAUAUUUUCUCACUUGUGUUUGCAAUCUUGAACAUGAUCUCCCUUACAUGUGAUAUCUCGAGUGCUAGGUUAUUUUGUUAGCAGCUAAUGUAGACGUCAGAAAGGAACUUCAAGCAGCUCACUAAUCGGUGAUAUAUACUGUAGCAAUGACAGAAGGAGAAUGUUGAUUAUGUUGAUAAAGACAUGAGCCAACGCGUUGACAUGACUCCAAGUGGGAGUUCUGCAAUUUACCAAGUAUGUCUUUAUUAUGUAAGUCCAAACACAACCACGUCCAGGAGAUUGACUGACGAGUGCGAAGGAUUUUUGAAGCGGUUUCUUUCUCAUGUUGCACUGGGGCGCUUUGGGCCCAAUUGUAAAUCGUUUUUAGUACCUUUUUCAAUUUUGUUGGAAGACAAGUUGUAUACUUUAAUAUGUUUGUGUAAAAACACAUUCAUUCUUUUAAGCUUUGAAGUUUGGGUAACCAAGAUAAUCCAUGUUCUUAUUGUCGUACUGUGUAUCUUUUAUGUGUUACAACAUUUAAGCACCUGGCUCUGAAUGAGGUUUGAUGGAACGCAAGUUACCUAUUGGGAUAUGAAUUGCAUGAAAUGCAGUGAGGUCUUUCAAAUGUAUUGCUAAAUACCAAGUAAUAACUAUGCAUCAUUUUAAAUGCAUUGUUCCCUGAAAAAAAAGAAAUUAAAUUAAAUGAGCACUGAAUUUUAAAAAGGACAAGCAUGUUGUCAAUGUACAGUGUAUUUGUUUGAGAGAAUUGAUCAAGACGAAUUUGACAAUAUUCAGAUUAAAAGCCCUGUAAAGUAUUUUGAUAUUUUUGUGUGUAAAAUUAAAAGGAUGGAUUAAGACAACUUUUUGUCAAUAAAUGUAUUUUACUGAGUUGUUA